CGAACAACCACCAACGACAGGACGGCGGUGACCUCACCUCGGCUCAGUCAGGGAAAGCGACUGCAAACUAAGCGUAACUUGACUGUUAUACGGUGAUCUUGCACAGGACAUAUCUCGAUGUGCUCUUGUGUUGGUUAAACCUAUCACCAGGACACCGGUUCCAAAACCCUUUCACAGUCUCAACGGCAUAUCAGAGUUUGUCGAAUCCAGGCCAGCGAGACAACAAAAGCAGUGAUGGACACAAGCUUCCUCUAACCCACAUGCUUGAUAUCUCUCCAGCGCCAUCAUCGCAGACCAUGAGCGAGCUUCAAAGGAAGUGGGCCAAGGCAAGACUCAACUCCUCCGCCGCGCACGCCAUGGCGCCGCCACCAGUACUGCCCGGGUUCGAUGAACUCGAGGAGGACGGCUUCAGCUCGGCCUCUGUGCCCAACACCCCGCAAGACGACGACUCGUCGUCCGCCUCGUCAUUAUCGUCCACUGGCACUGUGAUUCCCUCGCCCGGCCGCGCGCUGUUUGCUCGGCCGCAGGGCUUCCCAGGCGGCCGCUCGCUCGAUCCGAUCCCCUGGACGACCUACUUUGAGCGCGAGCUGUUUCUCCCGUCAGACGACGGCACCGUGACCUACCACGCUUACCUAACAUCACCGGCGCCGCCGGCCGGGCCGGGCAAGACCGGCGGGCCGCUCUUCGUGACCCACCACGGCGCCGGCUCCUCGGGCCUCUCGUUUGCCGUCCUCAGCUCAGAAAUCCGAAAGCGCCUCCCCACGGCAGGCAUCCUCUCGCUCGACGCCCGCGGGCACGGGCUCACAGUUACCAGCAGCUCCUCCAACUCGGAGGGUAACGCCCACACACGGCAAACGUCGCAAGGAGAAACCGAAGACCUCACCCUGUCCCGCCUCUCCGCCGACCUCCUCGCCGUAAUGAACCUCACAAAACGGGCCAUGCACUGGCCCGCGCUUCCACCCAUCAUUCUGGUAGGCCACUCACUCGGCGGCGCCGUGGUGACCGAGCUGGCCGCUUCGUUGCCCUUACCCUCCACCGCAUCAUCAUCAUCAUCAACACCCCUCAACAACAACAACAACAACCCCCCUCCAACCGACAGCAGCAGCAGCGACAUAGACCUGCUCGGCUACGCGGUUCUGGACGUGGUCGAGGGCUCCGCCAUGGACGCGCUGCAGAGCAUGCAGGCGUACCUGGCGACGAGGCCCAGCGGGUUCGACUCGCUGCGCGACGCCGUCGAGUGGCACGUGCGGUCGCGGACGGUGCGCAACGCCGUCAGCGCGCGCGCCAGCGUUCCGGGACUGUUGGUCAAACAUGGGGUUGGCGGUAGCAAUAAUACUGAUACGGAUCCUGCUAAUAGUAGUAAUAACAAUGAUACUAGUAAGGAGGAGGUUGUAAGUGGCAGUGGUAGGGGUGGUCGUGCGGGUGGGAGCGGGAGGAGAGCCGCCGCGAGAGCGUGGAGGUGGAGGACAGACCUGGCCGCGACGCAGCCGUUUUGGGAGGGCUGGUUUGUCGGCCUGAGCAAGAAGUUUCUGAGCGGAAGAGGGGGCAAGCUGUUACUGCUCGCCGGGACGGACCGGCUGGAUACCGAGUUGACCAUCGGGCAGAUGCAGGGUAAAUAUGCCCUGCAAGUGUUUCCCGAGGCGGGGCAUUUCAUACAUGAGGACCUACCGGAGAAGACGGCGGUGGCCCUGGUGGACUUUUAUCGCCGCAAUGACCGGAGCGCUCUCGUGUUGCCGCCAAAGGUGUCGGACUUGCUGGCGCAGGGGAAGAAGGUGUGAGCCUAUCCAUAUACUAGGCUUGUGCUCAUUUUCUGAUUGCGUGUUGCCCGAGACGGGCAGUGCGUGGGUUGUACCAGUUAUUUGCUGUGAUACCAUAUAUAUUGAGUCCAAU